AUGGCAAAAGCAGUAACGAGAGGCCCCGAGACAGAGAACGCAGUAAUCGAUCCCUACCCCAGGCAAUCCCUAGCCCAAGUUACCACUGAUCCACAAAUACCCUGGUAUGAGGUGUAUACUACCCUCACACUCUCCUAUGCAGAAAUUUGGAAAAAAACACAAAGAGGAGAUCCCGCCACCCCCAGUAAGGAAGGCACCCAAGAGACCCCCGCCAAACAAUGGACGAUUCUGCAAUACAGGUCACCUGCUACUGAAGCAAAUGCUAUUGAAGUAUAUGGCGAGAUUAUGACUAUUCAUGGAAGAGCAACAACAAGGACUGGAUGGGCGGAGAGGGAAAAGAUCUUGUCCCGUGGGAUGAGUUCGAGAGGGAAAGAGAGACUGAGGCGAGAGGGGCUCCUGCAUCGACGCUCAACCAUCUCUCCGCUGCCGUCAGCCCUCCCAACCCUCUCUCCGCUGCCGUCAGCCCUCCUACCCACCAAUUCACCAUCCACAUCUUCAUUUGCCGAAUCUGUGGAGUUCAUCAAGAAGACCAUCUCUUUUCUCUCUCGACGCCACUUUCUCUCCCUCUCUCAGAACACGUUUCUUCCCUCUCCGCCUCUCGAUGACUCUGAGCUCUCAUUCAUAGCUCUACUCCUCGCUAGCUGCUGCGAAGUUCUCAAUUAUGAGUAUGAAGUGCUCAACAAGUUUAGAUCUCUGCGAAGGCUAAAGUUGAUCAGAAUUGGUGAGGUGGUGGAGGAGGUGAACCACGGGAGGACUCUGUUUGUUGCUGUGAAGGAAGCCAGAAACUUAAGGCCAUCCUCUGGUUGCUUUCAAUUAAAGGUAUAUACCCAUUUAAUCAUACUUUGGAAGACUGGUUGUGAUCUUUUGAGUAUGGGUCUGGGUGUAUUGUUAUAGCAUAUUGAUGUUGUGAUAGUAAUUAAAGUUUGCUAGAUGACAAGAUCAUCUUUUUAAGUCACAAGAGCAGUAGUUCAAAGAAGUUGGAAGGUAUUGAAUUAAUACCUUAAUCAUGUAAGCUUGGUUCUUGAUCGUUAAGGACUGAAUAUAAAGUGUUGGGUUGUCUUUGAAUUCAUAAGUCAAAAGUUAUUGGUAAAUUCUAUCAAACUUGUUCUACCAUAGAUUCUGGUAUUGGACUCGGCAGGUUCCAAGUAUAAGUUAAUUGGUAUUAAGUUAUAAGUAAAAGGCGAGUUUUAUUUGAUGUGUAUUAGCUUGAUCUGUUGUGCUUCUCUAGUGUUAUAUUUCCUUCAAUCUCUGCAUGCCUACAUCCUUCUUCUUUUUUGAGAGAAAAAGAGAAAGUGCAUGCCUACAUCCUGACCAAAAGAUGAAAAAGGAAAAAAAGGGGCAACUUACCUAUGUCAUAGAUGUAUUGUUCUGUAUUUGGCUUCAGAUUUUUUUGGUAUAAGGUUCUUGCUCAGAUCAAAUAAAUAAAAAAAGUGGGGUCAAUACUCUAUUAUUGGCAGUUAAGUAUUUGAUGUGUUGUUAUAUAAGUAUUAUUGCCCUAGGCAUUUUGGUCCAACUUCUUUGUUUCCUAGUUGCAUACAUUGUCUUAUGUUAUUGACAAUAACAGAAAGCAGAAUGAUGUUUGGAUGAUAGAUUCAAGUGCUCCUCAACUACUGGUUUUUUUGCUUUGCACUGGUCAGAUUAUCUCAGGGAGAUCAUAGUUGCAGCUUUGGCUCAAAAGAACUCUCGAGUCAACUGGAGAAUUGGCAGAGCAAGAAGACAUUCUGGAAAACAAGCUUGCAAGCUGCUACACGGUGUAUUCGACCAGCAAAGAAUGGAACAUGGCUCAAAGUUCCUCAAGGAGCAAUGAGAAUGCAGUGAUAUGUAGAUUUAGAUCAAUAGGUAUUGUUGCUAUCCGCAUGUAAUCUUUCUUAUUCAAAUGAUUUUGUAAUUGAAGUGGAUUAUUAACAUUCAAUAAAGUUCAGUUCUUAAUUUUGUUAU